GCCAGAGUGACAUGAAGUGCGUUAUGUUCACGAUAUCUCUUUUCUGACUGAUUAUUUUUAAAUAUUUAAUUCACUCGUGCCUAUGGGUGAGGUCCUGCACUUUGUUUCCCGCUGGUGAACAGGUGUUUUAUUUUCGUGACUCUUACAAGGCCACCAACUGUCAGCUUUCAAGUAAUGCCGAGUGACGGAGUGUUUUCUGAAAUAAGGGGUACGCUAUAAGCUGGAAAACAAAUGGCGGGGCUCCCAAGCUUAGAAGAAAGCUAUUCUACUAUUUGUUCAGAAAUGGGGCUGUUGAGGAAUCCUUAUAUUAUGGAGAAACUUCGGUUAACUGAUAAAGAUGCAGCACAAACAAGUUCAGAUGUAGGGGUUACUGUUAAAAUUCCUGGCAACACCCCAAUUGUGCCAGUGCCAAGGGUCACGGACUCUGAUAUUGUGGCUGUUGCCCAAGCAGUGAACAACACAUUUGUGACAGGUCUUGAUCUUAGAUUCAAUCAACUGACUGACUUAGGUGCACAACAUCUUGCAAAUCUGUUGAAGGAGACAGUUGCUCUUCGCUAUCUCAAUCUUAUGUGCAACGACAUAGGUCCACAAGGAGCAGAGAUGAUUGCAAAAGCUUUACAUAGAAAUGACACAUUAAAAAGACUGCAGCUGACUGGUAAUAAAAUUGGAAAUAUUGGGGCAAUGAGUCUUGCUUCCAUGCUGCAAAUUAAUAAUUGCUUGGAGGACCUGGAUGUCAGUGAUUGUGAUGUGGAUACACAAAGUUUAGUUGCCUUUGCCACUGUCCUGACCUGGAACAAGUCUUUGCGAAUAAUCAACCUGAAUCGCCCUCUGCUGUUCAGUCAGCAGGAAGAGACCACAGUACAUAUGGCUCAGAUGUUGAAAAUGAAUCAGCAUCUUAUUGAACUUCAUCUUGGUAAACAUGACAUGAAAGACUUUGGUGUGGAAAGGCUGAGUGAAGCAUUGACUUUCAACUUCACUCUACGCUAUUUGGAUCUUCGUUGCAACAAAAUAACUCGAGAUGGCGCCAAAUGUCUUUCAGAAUACCUCAAGAACAACAGACCUUUGGAAAUACUGGACUUGGCUUCAAACAGAAUAGAAGAUGAUGGGGCCAUUUAUCUUAGUGAAGCAAUUUCUCUAUUCAAUACAAAUCUCAAAGCGCUGACGAUCACAAGCAACAACAUCACAGGGAAGGGCCUUGUUGCUCUUGCUGAAGCCAUGAAAAUCAAUUCUUCUUUGUCCUACAUUUACAUAUGGGGAAACAAACUUGAUGAGCUGACAUGUGUGGCAUUCUCUGAAAUGAUUUCCUGUGGUCGUCUGCCUGAGGAACACACAGAUGUCUCUCCCUACGUGGUGGAUGGCCAGGUGUACCUUGCGGAGCUUUCUCAUGGGCUGAGGAAACAUUACUACUGGACUCCUAGCUUUGGACCAGAUGGAGAUCCUGCUGCUAAUUCGGCUUUAGCUUUAUCAGCAGGCAUGUAACACUCAAGAGCUUCACAUCCACCUGUCCCGUCUUAAGCAGUUAGAAGUCCUAAUCAUGGAGAGCCACGAUGGCUGCAGGUUUUUGUUCCAACAGAUUUCAGUCUUGAACUCCCCCAUUUAAUCAGGUGGCUCUGUCUAUCUGUCUACCUGCUGUAUCAGUGGUUUAAAAUAUAACUUAUACUUAAUGCUGCCAUGAAUUUUACUACAUUUUUUACUACCUUUAAAUUACCAUUUACUUUUCCUUAAUUUUAAAUUUGCUUGCUUUUUAGUUUCUUCUUGUAUAUUAGAUUGUAGUCAGCUAUGACAUGUAAAUAGAAGACCGGUAAUGGCCAGUCAACCAAAUUUGUGCUAUUUUUCCCCUCAUACGUGUGUUCUUCAUUAGCAAAGUAGUUGCAUUUAGAUAGAUGAUGAUACUUUAUUUUUUCCUAAGGGAAAAUGUACAAUUUUGUAGAAGCUAAAUAUAAGUGUAGAUAUACAUAUCGUGUAUAUGUAUGUGUGCGAAUAUAAUAAAUACAAACAACACUCCCCAUCAGACACACACAAGAACAUUUGGUGGGGGGAGAGGCACAUUUGAGGUUUUUUUUUUUUUGUAUCCUCCCCAGUCCAUAACACACAGAAAGAUGACUUGAUACAAGUAGUAUAAUAUCUAAUUAAAUGGAUUGUUCAUACACUGUAACAAUCGGUUUUAAUUAAGAAUUUGGUUUAAAGCAAAAACCUGCAGCAUCUGUGACCGCCUCCAGCACAAGUAUUGCCCACUCUGGUUGUCCAUUUACAAUGCACAAUUGAGACACACACACCAGGAUCAUGAUGUUCUCUUUAAACAAGUGGUAGCUCUUUUACACUUGUCAAUUUAUUUCUCAUUCUCCAUAAACACAAAAAUAAGGUGAAUUAAUUUAGAAUGCUGGAAAUCCAGAAAAGGAAGUUUAUGCUGCACUGGUAACCCGCUAAUAAUGAAUGUCUGUGUAUCCCUGUACUUCAAGCAAUGUAAAUAAAUGCUUUUAUUUUUAAAAGA